AUGGCUACAGGUCCGACAGUUAAUCGCCCAUUGACAAAAACAUUUUGUGAAAAAUGCAAACAAGUAUUUACACCUAAAGAUGCUAUGCAAAUUUAUCAGGAAAAAUAUUAUCAUCCAGCUUGUUUUUGUUGUUCAAAUUGUGGCAAUACAUUAGCUGGAAAACCAUUUUAUCCUAAGCCAAAUAAUCAAUUUCAAUGUGAAAAUUGUAAUAUUUCGCUUGCACCAAAUUGCUGUAUAUGUAAUCAAAAGAUUCAAUCGGGUACUACAGCAAAACGAUAUAAAGACCGUCAUUUUCAUAGUGAAUGCUUUCGCUGUUGCAAAUGUAACGCUGUUAUACCGGAUGGUCAUAAUUUUGUGGAUAUGUUAGAUGGACGUUUUCAAUGUUUAACAUGUUCAAAACAUAUAACAGGUACUUAUCAAGGCAAAGAACAUGCUCCACAAUUGGAAAAUAGCAUGGGCGAAGUCACUGCUGUUCAAUGCGAUCAAGCAGGUCGUAUACCCCUUUGUGACAAAUGUACACGACCGGUCACCAGCGAUGAAGAAGCAUUCAAACAUGAUACACGUUAUUAUCAUCUUGAAUGUGCACGUUGUAAUCGAUGUCGUAAGAAACUUUUUAGAAUUCCAUGCAGAAAACUUGGUUCUGCUUUAGUUUGUCAUACAUGCUCAUAA